ACAGCUUCUCUGGGCAGCCUGUUCCACCCUCACAGUGAAGAAUUUCUUCCUUAUAUCUAACCUAAAUGUAUCCUGUUUAAAUUCCUCUGGGCUGCGUUCAUUAUUCUCCCAAGGUCUGCAAGACGUGUCUGAGUGAGGUGUCCUGGAAUUUAGCCCAGGAUUGCUGUUCCUGCUGCGUGGUCCCUGAAGCUGACAGCGCCGGGAGGUGGAUGUAAGGAACGGGAGGCUCGGGAGGCCUGAGAUAACGGGCUGGUCUCGAAGGUUUUGGCAGGAUAAGAGGAGGGUGGCAGCCCGCCGGCGCUCCGAGCACAGAGAGCGUGGUUAGAGACACCCGGGCAUCCCUCCCCGCACCCCGGCUCCUUCCCCCGCCGCUGGUUCACUCCUGGGUGGGAUUCUCCCCCCUCCCCCAAAGGUUUUGGGAACCGAGAAGCGGCCAAGAACCGCGCCCGCCCCGGCCGGGAGAGGCGGCGGGGCCGGGGAGCGCUUCCCGCCGGCACAGCCCCUCGGCGGCGGCACCGGCGGCGGCCAUGGGCAGCGGGAGCAGCCGGCGGCGGGGCGCGGCGGCGGCGCGGGCGGCGGUGCCCGCGGGCAGGGCGCCGGAGCACCGGGAGCUGCUGCAGAAGGCGCUGGCCGAGUGCGAGGAGGCGGCGGCGCUGCCCGCCCCCGGCCGCCGAGCCCCGGCCGCCGGCGGCACCCCCCCGCCCCGGGACGGCGGGCGCUGCGGGGACGCGGCGGCGGGAGGCGGCGGGGGGGCCCCGCUGGAGCAGGCGGCUUUGUCAACCAGAAGUCCUACGAGCCCAGAGAACAACAAUGCUGACCAUCAGUGCGCGCAAGGGAACAGCAAGAAGCCAGCAGGACCGUCCACAAUAUCCUAUGAUUACUCGGAGGAGGAGCUCAUGGCAAGCAUCGAGCGGGAGUACUGCCGCUGAACCCAGCCCCAUGCCGCGAGAACUUCACGCAUGUUCCUGGAAGCCCAGCUGGAGCAAAACUGCUACUGACAAAACAACCCCUCGCACAGUGAGAUGGCACAGGAGAGGUGGGUGGUGAGGAGAGGCGGCGUGUGAGAGGUAGCGCGGCUGCUUGGGAAGCACGGGGAGAAGGUCCUCCUGACCAACUCUGCGUGAGAGCGUCAACCACCAACUGCUGGUUUCUGAGUGGUGCUCCUGGAAGAGGGACCAAUUCAUCUGUGAAUCAAUAUCUAGAAGCUCAUUUCUAAACAGUAUUUACAAGUGAAGAUGUACUAGAAUUAAAGUGUCAUACUAGUAGUGUUGAGGCAUGGUGCUCUGAAGGAAAAUCUUGUUUUGUCUUAGCAGAAACAAAAUGCAGCAAUAUAAUUCGAUUCAGAUCUCACUUAAGGGGGUGUUGCAUGAAAUUCGUGUUCUUACCACUUACCACAGGCCAAAUUUACUCCUUGCAAUGUGCAAGCAUCAAGUCCACGUCUGAAUUUGACGCUGUCUCUUUGAAUGUGGUCCCCAGUAUGGGAUGCAAGAUGAAAAGGGGAGUGAGCCCACCAUCCAGUACAUAGGCAGUGUAAUUGCAGAGUUCAAAUCCCACAACAUGGGCAAACAAGGCUCCUGGCAGCUACCAAGGAGCAUAGGAUCUGUACAGUCCCUUUGGGGUGGGAUCCCAGCACCAGUGUCCUACCUGGGUCUCCUUGGUGUGGAUCCUCUAGCAAAAGCAGGAGGCACAUCACCAGUGCUGCCUGCUGCAGCCAGUGAUCAUCCAUUUCAAGAGGGACUUGUAUGCCAUAGCAGAGAAGCUGUGAUGAGUUCUCAGAAUUACCGCUCCUGGCCUUCCCGUGUAUUUCUUGUCCUUGGUAGGUAGCCUAGAAUUAUAAUCACUACAUUUUAGCAUUAGCUGACUGCAAAGUAAACCAGAAAGUCAGCUCUACAAAGGAAGACAUGUUUUCAGUGCUUCCAGACAGGGAAGCCUGGUAUUUGAGGGUUUCUGCUUUUAUUUUACCUGCAUCUUAACAUAUUAUGAGUAGUUGCUUAUUGCCAGAAGUAGAAAAAUACCUUAUUUCUGUCUUUAGCUGAAGUAUAAAAGACGUCAGAUGAAAUCUUCACAUAGCCCAUGUAAAUGCAAGAAGAAACAGCAGGACACAUCUUAAGAUGCUGUAUUUUAAUUUCUUUGUAAUUCCUGGUAUCUGAAACAGAAAUAAAUGCAUCUGUGCUCAUGUAGUCCUCA